CGACAGUCAUCGUUCAGCGUCGGCAGGAAGUGCUCACGCCAAAACACCGUUCUCAUCGUGAUAUCGACGCGAUUUCCGCGCGCGUGUCCACCUGUGCCGUCCGAGUCAUUCCACCAACGUACUAUAUGCUGAAUCCCUUUGGCAUAUGACAUAGUCUUUUUUCAAGUUCAUAAAAAAAUGUAAAAUUUUCUUAUCAUUCCAGCAGUGGAACUCGAACAGUGAAGUGGUUUUUUAGUGUUUGGUCCCGGUGAAAUACGUAGUAGACUGCAGCUCGAUCUACCAUAUAUGUGCAGUGUUUGUCCUCGUUAAGUUCCUACUGCUGGUCAGGUGGGAAUUCAGUUCAGAACCGUACUCGGAUAAAGUGAAACAGCUCAGUGCAAUAAGAGUGUCCAAAGUGAGUGAGCGAUGCGAGAAUGGAAUCGAUCAAAAGGAAGCUUGACACAAAUCCGCGAGAAAAUGCCAACUUCCUGUCGGUGCUGACGUUCUGGUGGACCAUCGAUUUGUUUAAGAAGGGUUACACCAAGGUGUUGGAGCUGCAGGAUCUCUUCAAACCGCUGGAGGUUGACAAAUCGGAAGCACUCGGAGAUCGGUUAGAAAAGAAAUGGUUCGAACAACAGUCCGGCAAGGGUCGACCGUCGCUGGUCAAGGCGAUUUUCAAAACCUUCUGGUGGGAGUACACUAUACUCGGUUUCAUCUGCGUUGUGAACGAUAUCUUCAUUCGAUUGGCCCAACCAAUCUUCCUCGGUUGGUUGCUGCAGUACUUUCGGAAGGAAACCGAUGUAACACGGGAAAGCGCAAUGUAUUACGCCGCUGCCAUCGUCAUACUAAACGCACUUAGCGUGGUAACAAUCAACCAAUAUAUUCUGGGCAGCUUCCAGAACGGAAUGAAGGUGAGAAUUGCAAUGUGCAGCGUGAUAUACCGGAAAGCAUUGCGGCUAUCGCGGACGGCCUUGGGCGACACGGCAUCCGGCAAGGUGGUCAACCUGUUGUCGAACGAUGUCAACCGGUUCGAUAUCGUGUCGGUUUUCCUACAUUCGAUGUGGUCCGCUCCUCUGUUGAGCAUUGUCGUCGGAGUGUUGCUGUACAUCGAAAUCGGAGUGGCAGGCCUGAUCGGAAUGAUUGUAAUCUUCAUUGUGACACCGAUUCAGGCAUACACUGGCAAGUUGACUUCCCGGUUCCGACUGCAAACGGCGCUGAGAACUGACGAACGAAUCCGGUUGAUGGACGAAAUCAUUUCGGGUAUUCAAGUCAUCAAGAUGUAUGCCUGGGAAAAGCCAUUUGCGCAGCUGAUUAGGCUGGCAAGAAGAAUGGAGUUGAAGAUUGUAACCAAGAGUGCAUAUGUGCGAGGAUUGUACAUGACGUUCCUGCUGUUCACUACUAGAAUGGCGCUGUUUUGUACAAUGAUGGCAAUGGUUUUGUUGGGCAAUGAUCUAACGGCUGCUAAGGUAUUUGUAGUGUCUACUUACUUCGCUAUUUUGGCAAACACUAUGUCAGCCAUGUUUGUGCGCGGUAUUGCGGAAAUCGCAGAGGCGCUGGUCGCCAUGAAGCGCUUGCAACGCUUUUUAGAGUAUGAGGAGAAGGAGGGAGAAAAUGCGGGGGCCAAGGAGAAGUUCCUCGACGAUAUUGGAGCCAACGGAGAUGUUUCUGAAAAACAGAAGCUGAUCGAGUCGGAUACACAGCUGCCACCGAAUGUGGCGAUUUCAAUGAAAAAUGUUACUGCUCGUUGGGGAGCGGUGAAGCGCCAGGAUGCACCCCCAAGUAAGAAUGGAAAUGUUCCGAAGAUCGUCGAAACAGUUCAGAAGAUGGAUGAACUGGAUGAAUCCUGGAAAACCGCUACGCUGUCAAACCUGAACGUUGAUUUCCGUAAGGGUAUUUUGAUAGGGAUAAUUGGUCCGGUAGGGGCGGGUAAGUCAUCAUUAUUACAAGCAAUGUUGAAAGAGCUUCCAUUAGAAACGGGAACAAUCGUUCAUAAAGGAAAGCUCGCUUAUGUAAGUCAGGAAGCGUGGGUAUUUGCUGGAACAGUGCGCCAGAAUAUUCUGUUUGGUCAACCGAUGGAGAAGGAUCGAUAUGAUGCCGUUGUGAAGGCUUGUGCUUUGAUAAGGGAUUUUGAACAGUUGCCGCACGGCGAUAAGACAAUCAUAGGCGAACGUGGAGCAGCCUUAUCCGGGGGACAGAAAGCAAGAAUUAGUUUAGCUCGGGCAGUUUAUCGAAGGGCCGACAUAUUCCUUAUGGACGACCCGCUCAGCGCCGUGGAUGCCCACGUAGGUCGGCAUUUGUUCGAUACCUGUAUAGGUCCUCGAGGACGCCUAGGGAAGUUGAAGACUACGAGGAUCUUGAUUACCCAUCAGGUGCACUUCCUGAAGGAAGCCGACUGGGUUGUAGUGAUGAAUGAGGGUAAAAUAACAAUGCAGGGAACACCUUACGAUCUGUCACAGAAUGGAAUAGACUUCGUAGAGCUGCUGGAAAAAUUCGAGGAGGAAGCCGGUGAUGGAGACAGUUCAAUCAUGACGUCGGACAGGCGAAGUCGUCGCGGAUCGCGUGAAUCUUCAAGAUCUUUUGUUUCCUCUCAUCAGUCGAUAGAUGAUCUCACCGAGGAUGAACAGCACGAAAAGGGAGAAAAGGAGAAAUCUAGAACACCAGAACCUGAUCAAAACAUGGAACAGAGCUCCAAGGGUACCGUUCAGGGAUCGGUUCUUCUCAAUUACAUUAGAUGUGGUGCCAAUCCUGUGAUAAUAAUUAUAUUGUUCUUCCUGUUUUUGGGAACACAGCUAGCGGCCAGUGGAGCAGAUUUCUGGGUUGCAUUUUGGACAUCGCAGGAAGAGCAACGUAUAUUCCUAAGGCACAACGACAGCGAUGUUAGUGAAUCGUUUGGAAGGACCAACGAUUCUUCUAUUCUCGAAGAUGUUCUACCAGCGGUAGAUAAUUCCUAUAUCUCGUCACUCCGAAGUACGGAAUUCUGUAUGGCAGUUCACGGAGCUUUGGUGAUUAGCAUAUUUCUAGUGGCAAUUUCGCGAUCCAUCAGCUUCUACCGAACGUCAAUUCGUGCAUCGCAGAACCUGCACGAUUCCAUGUUUAAGGGAGUCGUUUCAACUUCGAUGCGGUUCUAUGACACGAACCCAUCGGGGCGCAUUCUGAACCGGUUCUCCAAGGAUAUGGGAGCAGUAGACGAACUGCUGCCGAAAGCAAUUCUCGACGCAACGCAAAUCCUCCUCAAUAUGAGCGGUACAAUUAUCGUCACCGUAAUCGUAAAUCCGAUGUUUUUGAUUCCACUAGCAGUACUUGGAGUGCUGUUUAUUUUUCUUAGGAAGAUUUAUCUCAAAACAUCGAAAAACAUUAAGCGGCUCGAAGGAAUCACACGAUCUCCAGUCUUCUCGCAUCUAGCAGCAUCGUUAGCAGGGUUGCCAACGAUUCGUGCCUUCGCUGCUCAAAAGGAAUUGAUCAAGGAAUUCGAUUCCCAUCAGGAUAUCCAUACUGCAGCCUUCUACAUGUUCAUCACCAGCAGCACAGCGUUCGGUUUUGCAUUAGAUCUUAUGUGUUUAGUUUUCUUCUUCAUCGUAGUAUUUAGUUUUCUCGUGUUGGAAUCAAACGUCUUGGGAGACCGAGUAGGGUUGGCCAUCACUCAAGCCAUGGCCCUGACCGGCAUGAUGCAGUGGGGUAUCCGACAGAGUGCGGAAGUAGCCAACUUCAUGAUGUCUGUUGAGCGUUUGCUCGAGUACCGAGAUCUGCAACCAGAAAAACAACCAGAGCAGGCCAGAAUAUUAAACAAGAGCUGGCCGGAAGCCGGACGUAUUUGCUUCAAAAAUGUUUCUUAUCGGUACUUUGAAGGUGGAAAUCUGGUACUGAAGAAUCUUGACUUUGAGAUCAAUCCGAUGGAGAAAAUCGGAAUCGUGGGACGAACUGGAGCCGGAAAAUCUUCAUUGAUUGGUGCUCUUUUCCGCUUAGCCCAAGUCGAGGGUGAUAUCCUCAUAGACGGGGUGAAUUCCGGGGAAAUCUACCUGGAAAGCUUGCGUUCAAAGAUCUCAAUCAUUCCUCAAGAUCCAGUCCUAUUUUCUGGCACACUCAGGAAAAAUCUGGAUCCAUUCGAAGAUUACCCCGACUCGUAUCUUUGGGAUGCUUUGGGGCAAGUCGAGCUGAAGGAUAUCGCCAACGGACCAUUAGGUCUACAAAUGGCUGUUGCCGCUGGCGGUGCAAACUUCAGCGUAGGACAACGACAACUGAUCUGUUUGGCUCGUGCCAUUUUAAGAAGCAACCGCGUCCUGGUAUUGGACGAAGCCACUGCAAACGUUGAUCCAAACACCGAUCGACUAAUUCAGGAGACAAUCCGCGUCAAAUUCGCCGAAUGUACCGUGCUGACAAUCGCUCACCGUCUCAACACCAUUAUGGACUCGGACCGCGUCUUGGUCAUGGAUGCGGGCGAAUCUGUCGAAUUCGGCACACCACAUGAUCUGCUACAGAUGCCGGUGGGCAUCUUUAAAGAAAUGGUCCUCGCUACCGGACCAUCGGAAUCCGAAAGACUUAUUCAAAUUGCCAAACAGAAGCACGAUGAAAUCGGGGCCAAUCAAUAGAUGUGAUCAAACAUUCAACGAGAGAAUUCAGACAAAAGUACAAAAAGUGUCCUUAUGAAUAUUUGUUUAAAACAAGUGAUUCCGUACGCAAUCAGGAACCAAAUCAUUUCCCCAGUUGAUAAAGUCUCAUUUGGCUAAGAAUCUACAACCAGGAGGUUGAAUAAUACUUCAUUUUACUUAAAAUUACUUAAUUUAAUACAUUAUCACCGAGACGUUACAUAUUUAUCGAAACGAAAAGACCCAAGCUUUCCUAUCACAUUAUUUUUUAUUGUUAAGGCUUAUUAUAUUAUAUUAUAUUAUAGUAUGCAAUGUCGAUGUGUAAUACGAACUAAUUACAAACUCCGAUGUUCAUUUACAUUAAUAAAUUACCUACCUAAACUA